CUGAAGUUGAACCUAAGCACAACUUUACUGGAACAGGAAAGGACGCAGCUAAAUCAACUGCGCGCUCGAGUAUCAAUACCGGAAAAAAGUCGAUGGCUGUAGAUGACAACUUUGAUGAUAAGACCAAAUAUCAGCAUGUGGAUGGAAGAGUAGCG